GAGACAACAAAACCCAUGAAGUAUUUAAUUAUUCAAGGACUCGAUUUAGUUGUAGUAGGCGGAGGAGAGAACAUUGGAAUGGAUGGGAAAUUGGUCGGGAGAGAAGGAAUCGUUGUGGGGAAUGAAGGUAAAGUUGGCAUUGGAAUAGAAGGGAUUGAAGUGGGAAUUGUGGGAAGAGUUGUUUGUGGCAAUGUUGAUGGAAAUGGAGGAAUUGAAGUGGGAAUUGUGGGAAGAGUUGGUUGUGGCGAGGUGGAUGGCAAUGGAGGUAAUCCCGUUGGGAUAGGCAUAUUUGGAAUUUGAGGGAGAGGUUGUUGCUGGAGAAGGUGGCGUGAGGCCGAGCACUUGUUGAUCGUAAUAGAGAAAGAAAGAC